UUUUCCAGGCAGAGGAGGAAUGGAUUUUUCUGCUUUCAACUUCGUCUUACGCGAUUCCGUCGUUGAUACAGUCAACGUGUCGGUUAAAGGAACCGCUCGCUUCACCGGAGACGUUUUUUGCAUUACCGAACUCGGCAGUAUUGCUAGUGAGGUGAAUCUGACUGUUCGGGAAGGAAGUGGAUUCGUCCUGGAAUUCACAGGAGACACGCAACGCUUUGUCAAUUUCCUUCGCAUCCCGACGCAACCUGAUGUAAACGUCACUUCUUUAAGUGAAAUCCUGGCUCUUGGCAAAGCAGAUCUCGAGGAAACCCGGAUUAUGAAUAUACUCGCAAUUGUUGGCGUCGUGAGACGUCUAAAUAAAGGCGGUUCUGCUGGGAAUUCCUGCGUGGCCGAAGUACUGUUUAUGGAUGAAUCCCUUGGAGGAUCUGGCAAUCAUCUGAGAGUCGAAUUUUGGGGCGCUUCGAAGGCUUAUCAGACCAUGUCGUGGACCAUUGGAACAAUUGUUAUGGUGAGCUCACUGGGAGUGCGUUGGGACGGCUAUCGGAACAACGUGAAAGCAACGGUCGGAGAGCGAGCAAUCGUAAUUGUGGACCCAAUUUCUCGACGGGCCAACAGGCUUUUGGCAUUUACCCCUCAUGCUGGGUUGCUCAACUAUUCCUUGUGGGAUGCCGUGCCUCCAUCAGGAGUGGGUGAGCUGAAUGGAACGUUUCAUCUCAUCUCAGAUUUUCUCAAGGUCCUGCAGAGUUGGGUCAAGAACCCUUCCAGGGAAACCACAAGCUUCAUUGCUUGGGUAUACGGAUUGCCUGCGGGCGUGAAUUGCAAACGUGGGCUGAAAUGGGGCCGAGACGUUUGCAUUUCGCGAGACUGCAUUUUCAGCAGAAUGAGUGAGGAAGACGUGCUCAGGUGUUUGGCUCCUUUG